GUACUUGUAUUUUAGAGAGUGUAUGACGAAAUGUCCUAAUAAUGCUCCAUCAGCUAGUUUUGGCAAUAAAACUUGUGUAUACAGGGAAUGUUCAGAAAAUAGACCAUUUGUUGUUAAUAAUACUUGCGUGGAAAAAUGUCCAAACACAGAUCAAUUAACAUUUACUGAUAGAUAUUAUGGAUUCAACUACUGUGUCAAAAACUGUGAAGGUAAAUACAGAUUUAACAAUUCUUGUGUCAACGUAUGUCCACCAUUGACUGUAGCUGUCAAUAACAGCUGCCUUAAUCAUUGUCCUAGCAAUACAUCAUAUACUUGCAUGGUAAAAAAAGGAUAUCAGUGCGGUAAAAAUCCAUUUCGGGGCUAUUUUGAUCACGCAGUUUGCGUGAAUACCUGUCCCCAAAAUAUGUUGAUUUGGAAGCAGUCGUGUGUGAAUACAUGCCCUGACGGACUUGCACUUUUUGGAAAUGAAUGUGCCGACACAUGCCCUUUAUAUUAUCCAUACAAGAGUAACAGCACAAAAACAAAGGAUUGCGACUGGGCAGGUAGAUGUAGAGAGGCUGAAACUCUACUAAAAUGUGUAAGAAAAUGUCCAGCUGAUAGUUAUGUCGUCAACAAUACAUGCCUAUCUCAUUGUCCAUAUCCUCUACUUCAUACAAACAAUGCAUGUGUACUAACUUGUCCAAGUUCAGCUCCUUUCACUCGCAACUCGACACUCGUUUUAGAAAGCUGGACUUAUGUGUCAUCUUACUAUUCUAGGAACAGGCCUUAUCGACGAAAUAAGCAAGAAAAGGUUAUUCAGAAAUGUAUCAAUUAUUGUGCUGAUGGACAGUUGAUCUUAAAUUUGACAUGCGUUAAUAAAUGUCCAGAGGACCACCCAUACAUCCAUAAUAGAAUAUGUUUGGGGCAAUUGUGUGAAACUCAGUAUUCCACAGAGAGUUCAUUUGGGAUCAUUUGUACCGACAAUUGCAAACCUCAGCAGUUUGUUCACAACAAAAAGUGUGUAGAAACGUGUCCUGUUACUAAUGUGCUUUUUAAUAGAACUUGCGUUGACUACUGUCCAGAAAGCCAUUUACUUACUAGUACGUAUAUUGUAGGAGAAAUCUGUUUAACGUCCUGCUCAGCUCAGAACGUAAUUAAGGAAUGCGUUGAAAAAUGCCCUGCUGGACUUUUUGAACUUGAAAAAACUUGUGUAGAAUUUUGUCAUAAACCACUGUAUACCACAGAUGACAAAUGUGUCGAAUCAUGUCCAUCUGAUCGGCCAUAUACCGUAACAUCUUCAAUAACGGUGGCAAAAUGGAGCAAAGAUGGGAACCGGUACAAGAAAAAAAGUAUCAGUGAAGAUAUUUUGAAAUGUGAAGCCAAGUGUCCUGCUGAUAAAGUAUUAUCUGGUACAGCAUGUGCAAAUAGUUGUCCACUGAACUCUAGGUUUAUAACGAAUGGCAAAUGUAGAAGUGACAGUUGCAAAACAAAAUAUAAGUUCUAUACGUCAGCAGGAGUUUUGUGUUUCGAUAAGUGUCCGAAUGAUUUAUUUCUCCACAAUGACACGUGUUAUUUACAGUGUCCGGAUAAUCUCUACGCAAUGGGUCAAAAAUGCAUAAAUGACUGCCCGCCAACUCAUGAAGUCAUGAAUGAGGAAACAAUCGUAAAGCAAUAUUACAAUUGUUCUUGGCGAUCAGGAUUGCUUUGUACUGACAGCCUUCUUUCUGUUAUGCGAUGUCGCAAAGAAUGUCCUGAAAAAAAAGUUCUUCACAACGGCAAAUGCUUAGAUUUUUGUUUAAAAUCCACGUUCAUGUUUGAUAAUGCUUGUGUUACAAAAUGCCCUGAAUCACAUCCUUUUAUGCAACCAACGCUGGCAACUAUAUCAAAGUGGGAAGAAUUGACUGACGAUAGCUGGUUUUUGUAUACCGAAAAUCAUCCAGUAAACAUAUGUACUGCUCAGUGUCAUGGUGAUUAUCCUCUGCAUUUCGAAAACACUUGUUUCAAUGAUUGCCCUAAGCCUGCUCCAUAUAUCGACCAAAACUCUUGUGUUAAAAAUUGUCCUGGAGAUAAAAUGAUCGAUAUUAAAACAAAAGUGUGUGUGGAUAAAUGUGCGAAUGACAGGGGAUUGUUUAAUCAUUCUUGUCACUAUAAUUGUCCAGAUAAGAAAAAGUACAUUUUUGAUGCACAUUGUGUUUCCGAAUGUCCCCGUUCGCACCCGGUUGCUAUAAAAGAAAAUAGAUUUAUCUGCCAAAAAUCAUGUGAAAAUGAACAAAUAUUUAAAGACGGUGAGUGUAUAUCAAAAUACGACUGUGACGAUCCAAUGUUUGUAUAUGAAGGACUUUGCCUUCGUAAAUGCCCUGAUGCGUUUGUAUGGGUUGGCAGCUGCAUGGAUACAUUGGGAGCAAAAAUUGCUAUUGCGGUAUUAGGCGUUGUUUGGCUGCAGCAGACAUGGCAUCAUGGACAACCUACAUGUUCUAAGACUGAUGUCUGCUACUGAGGAAGAACUGAAAGAGAUACAGAAACCGCACUUACGAUUAUCUUCGAAAAGGAAAAACGAAAUGGAAGACGAAAUUCCGCUUCAAGGGAUGUUUUCUUACACUGAUAACGAAGAAACAUGCCCGAUGGAAAUGCAAUAUGAAAAUACGGACAACAAUCGGAAUAGUGAUCAUACCAGAUUAUGAAUAUGUAGUUUUCUUAUGCUUUAUGACUUGUGUUUAGAUAUUCCUACAGCAAUGUAACUUCGAUUGGUGACAAUUUUUAAAAUAAAAUUACAAACGUCGUAUUAUGAAUCAGAAUUAUUCAGCGGAAAUUACAUAUUGAAGAUGGUCAAAUAAAAUGAUGAAUUGACUGUGCA